AUGUGGUCCUGGUUUGGUGGUGCGGCCGCCCAGAAGCGAAAGGAUGCGCCGAAGAAUGCCAUCCUUGCGUUGCGGGAGCAGCUAGAUAUGUUACAAAAGAGAGAGAAGCAUCUAGAGAAUCAGAUGGCCGAGCAAGAGGCUGUUGCUAAGAAAAAUGUGGCUUCAAAUAAGAACGCCGCCAAGGCCGCUCUUCGACGGAAAAAGGUCCACGAGAAGAACUUCGAACAGACACAGUCACAGGUCGCACAGUUAGAGCAGCAGAUAUAUGCUAUUGAGGCGGCCAAUAUCAACCAUGAGACCCUCAACGCCAUGAAGAUGGCUGGCACAGCCAUGGAAAAGAUUCACAACGGCAUGACCAUCGACAAGGUGGACGAGACAAUGUAUGUCUUUAUCCCACUGGCGAUAUAUUUACAAAUCUCUAACAGAACUAGGGACAAACUCCGAGAACAAGCAGCGCUCAACGAAGAAAUUGCACAAGUAAUCGCCAACAACCCGCUGGGCGAGCAGCCAGACGAAGACGAGCUGGACGAGGAACUCGAGGGUCUGGAGCAGGAAGCCAUGGACGAGCGCAUGCUCAACACAGGCACAGUACCGGUUGCAGAUCAACUCAACCGGCUACCUGCGCCAACGAACGCAGAACGUAAGCCUGCACUUCUCCGAAUCUGCGCCUGA